GUUGCCUGUGCUGAAAUAGAACGUUAUACGUUAUUUACGUCUUGACACGAUAUUAUCGUUUGCAUUUGCGAUAUCUCUCUAGUAUUACCGGAUAAAAGCUCCGUUAACGAACGGGCUGUUAAUCGAGACAUAAAGUACCGGGCGUUAACCUGUUAACCACCAAAAGUAGAAGAAGGUAAAAUUAGGUUAGGUUGUUGUUUACCGCAUGUUUACCGGUUAUUUUUUUUAAUGACGUAAAUAAGAAAUUGCAAGAUCGACGGUUUUUAUGUGAAUUUCCGGUUUUAUAAUAAAUCAUAGAUAUCACAUUAUAAUAAAAUAUAAAUAAUACGUCUAUCUUAUGAGUUUUAUCGUAUGGUCUUAUCAUAGGUCAUAGAUUUUUAUAUUUCAUCAUUUAAUGAGAAGUGCUCAGAAUUUAAUUAAAAUGUCUUUAAGAAAUGUUGAAAUUAAGGCAAAAGUGCACGAUUUGGAUGAUAUUGUUAACAGAGCAAAAUCCUUAAAUCCCAUAAAAAGUGAAAUUAUUCAACAGCAUGAUACAUUUUACAAUGUUUCACAUGGGAGAUUGAAAUUAAGACAAUUUAAGGAUAGUACAGGAGAAUUAAUUUACUAUGAUCGUCCAGAUUCUGAAGGCCCAAAAAUAUCUAACUAUAGAAAAUCAGCUAUAACCAAGGAAAGCUUAAAUGAUCUCCCACAUGUUUUGGAGGAAGCUCUAGGUGUGAAGCAAGUAGUUAAAAAAGUUAGGCAGCUAUUUGUGGUUGGCCAAACUAGAAUUCAUAUCGAUAAUGUGGAAGCAUUGGGCAAUUUUAUGGAGUUAGAGGUUUGUUUAGAAGACAAUCAAAGCCUAGAAGAAGGAAAGCAAAUCGCAGAUGACUUAAUGGCCAAAUUAAAUGUCAAAAAAGAAGAUCUAUUAUCAGGAGCAUAUGCUGAUAUGUUAAAAUAAUAUCUUUACGCCAUUCCUUUUGUAUAUUUGUCUACAUUUUAUAUAGUUGUUUAUUAUAACCAAAUAAAAUAAUAUUUUGCUGAAUUAAAAA